UGUUCACAUAUGAUCAUGACAGCUGGACACAAAACACAGCGCAGCCACAAACUCCAGCCAACAUGCCAAAAUAACGUCAGUAUAAAUCCCAGAGUUCUUGGGAAGGUAGUUGUUGGGAAGGUGUGGGCUGCCAUGGACGUAAAUGAGUUACCUGGGCGUGUCGUUUACGCGCAGGUAGUUUCGACACUCUUUUCUUGCGCUAUCCAGGUUGUUGUCACUCUUUACUGUUGAUGGUGAAGUUUCAAGAAAACGACGAGGGAUAAGACAGAGAACAAGGAAACAAGGAUAAUGGAGCAGCAGCUGAAUCAAAAACAAAUCUGAAUGCAUCAUCGUAACUGACAAGAUUUCCCUCCAGCACAACAGCUGCAGCACAGUCCUAUAAAAACUGUGAUUUAGAACAUCUUAUAUUUCACUGUAAAUUCUUUAUUGGCUUUAAUCCUGCCUGUAUGUAUGACUGCGACCAUGACAGCAUCCCAAAACUGCUGAGAGCUCCUUGCCAAAAGAUGCAACCAGGAGGUCCUCCAGCUCCACCACCUCCGCCACCACCACCUCCACCUCCUCCGCCACCUCCACCUCCUCCGCCACCUCCAGCCCCUGGCCUCCCUCCACCCCUUCAUGGCGCAGGCCUCAUUGCCAAGGGGGUGCUUCGCAGCUCCAGGAUGCGCAAUUUCAAUUGGGAAACCCUUCCCAAACACAGCGUGAUAGGAAAGCACAACAUCUGGACAGCAGAUAAGACUGAUGGGGAAUAUGAGCUGGACACUGAUCACAUGGAGGAACUGUUCAGCCGCAAGCAGGUUCAGCAACAAGUCAAGGCCCUGAACCGCCAGAGUCUGAGGGGCCUGCCAACUGCUGCCUCAGGAGGGGAAAUGGUUUCCAUCCUCAACUCCAAGAGGAGCAUGAACAUUGGAAUUUUCCUAAAGCAAUUCAAACGGCCUGUAAAAGACAUGAUUGAAGAAAUUAAAUCAGGAAGUAGUCUAAGUUUUGCUUCUGGAAAACUGAGAGAGCUGUGCAAGCUGCUGCCAGAUGAAGGGGAGGAGAAGCAGCUGGUCAGUUUUAAGGGCGACCACUCCGCUCUCCCUGAAGCAGAUCUGUUUAUGCUAAUGUUGGUAAAGAUUCCAAGUUACGAAGAGCGUCUCAGAGGCUUGGUUCUCAAAGAGGAAUUCUUCCCCCACAUGGAUGAAAUAAAAGAAUUUAUUGGCACUUUGAUAGCUGCUGGAAAGGAGCUGUUGGAGUCUGAUCAUCUCCAUUCUGUCAUUCGCCUGGUUCUGAAGACUGGAAAUUACAUGAAUGCUGGUGGCUAUGCAGGCAGUGCAGUUGGCUUCCGAAUGGCUUCUCUGUUGAAGUUAGUGGACACCAAAGCAAACAAACCUGGAAUGAAUCUUAUGCAUUAUGUCGUGAUGCAAGCUCAGAAGGCAGACAUGGCCCUGCUUAAAUUUCCAGAACAACUCAAACACAUUGAAGCUGCAGCAAGAAUAAAUAAAGGUGACAUUGAAGCAGAGUUUGAAAGGCAGUUAAAGAAAGUACAAGAUGGCAAAGCAGACACUUUGAAGCAGGAAGACCUAAAAGCACAGAUGGGGGAUUUUCUAAAGGAGGCUGAGGUCUGCUUGGCAGAAAUGGAGAGUGAUCUUCAGGAAUUGCAGUCAGUGAGUGACUCUGUGGCAGAGUACUUCUGUGAAGACCCAAACAAGUUCAAACUGGAGGAGUGUUGCUCCAUUUUCAACUCCUUUUGUGAGAAAUUUAUGCGAGCCAUGCAGGAAAACAAUACUCGAGAAGUGUCAGAGGUGCAGCGGAGACACAGAGACAGAUUGCAGAGUGCUGCCAAGCGCAGGUCCACAGCUACCUGCUCCAGUAGAGAUAAGGAAAUGGAUGGCAUUGCAUUAGAGUCCGUACUACAGAACUUUCUUACCAAUCGUGUCUCUCGGAGGAGACUCGGAACGCCCUCAUCCUCUCAUGGAAGCCCAACAAGUGGCAGCCCCAACAACAGAAGCCUAUCAGAAAUUACUUCUCAGGCAAACCUCCCUAAUGAAAAUCAAAAGGGAGGAGGCUCUUUUAGAAUUGAGGAUAUCGGCAGAAAAGAUUGGAAUUCAGCAGCUGAACUUACAGAGAACUCUUUACAAAAGAAAGCCCAGUCUAAUAGUGAGGACAACAAGUCAGAAGGUGGCAUUCCUCAUGAAGAAGAGAUGAAAAGUUCCAGAAAAGAGGAAUCUAGAGGUUUUACACACCCAGCCAAUGGGACCACCAGCAUUUCCUCCUCAGGCAGAUCUUUCUCAGCCAUCACUGAUGAUAAUGAGGAAGAUCUACAAGACAAUAAUGAGGAGGAGGCCCAAAAGUUGCGUGAAGCAUCUAAAAAAGUUUUGCGCUUUCAGAACAGCCGUACCAGUGUCUCAUCUGGGGACUAUUCUCUGGAAAAUCAGAAAUCUCCUGGUGCAAGUACCAUCUUGCCUCGACAACGCACCUUUGAUGAGGACACUGAGAGGUAUCCUGGAGACCCAACCAAUGAGGAUUUAGUUAGAUUUUUGCUCAAUCCCCACUCCUUGUCAAAACGUAAUCUUGGCCGCCGCUAUACACUACCUACCAAAGUCCCUAAAACUGAGGAAGAGGAUGAUAAUCUGUGGGCUCAGCCCCCAGUCAGAACUCCUAAUUCUGCAGCAGGAGAAACAGGGACACCAGCAGAGGGUGCUGGACACAAUCCCUCAAAACAAGUGUUUGACUUUACUGACAUAUCUCACAACUUUAAUAAAUCUGGUGCUCAAGAUCAGAAUUCUCCAUCAGCAGAAAAGAAAAGCAAGAAAAAUGUUUCUGUAACCCAUGUUCCAGAAGAGCUUGGGGAGCAAAACCAAGAGGGCAAAUCAGUAGAGCCCACAGGCAACCACUUGCAGAGGAAUAGUGAAAAUAUUCCCUUGAAGAGUACAUGGAUUAAGACUGAAACCUCUGGACUAUUUUUUAGCUUUUUAAAACGCCUUGGAGAUAAACUGCCGAACAGCAAGGAAACUGUCCAAAAGGGCACAGAUUCUGGUGUAUAGGUUUGAAAGAUAUACAAUUUAAAGUCAGGGAAGCACACAUAACUUUAAUAUUACUUGUAAUUAACUCAUCAUGGUGAUGAUGUAGUUUUAUUUUUAAUGUUACUUUUGUAAAUUGAUAAUGAGGCUGUAAAGAGAUGGAGAGAAGUUUCUAGGAAAUGAGGUUGUAAAGAGAUGGAAAGAAGGUUCUAGGAAAGUGGUUGAAGAAUGUUUUUGAUGAGGAAAGGCAGUUGCGUAUGUUGUACCACUAGAUGGGAGAAUCUAACAGUAACAUGGUAAACUGUUGCUCAGAAAAUAGGGCUGUUGUUGAUUUCCAGGAAAUCUGUACAUUGUCUAGUAAACAAAAAAACGAUGGACACACUCACUGUAAAAAAAAAUCCUAAUUUUAUUUAUCUGUGCAUAAUAAUAUUCCCUUGACAAUACUUGACAGUAUGGCAUUGUCCUCAUCAGUAGGAUAAAUGGGUUAAUAUUUACAGUGUGUGUUCUUUGUCUGGAUUAAAAUGUACAACCUUACAGAAUGUAUUGAGAAAGUAAAUGAAUGUUGAGUGUGAGACAGCAUAGAGAAAUCAAACUGCAUGUAAAAUCUUGGUUUGAUUGUUAUUUUUGAUACUUUGAUAAAUGACUACUUAUACUGUA